AUGUUUGUGGGGGCGGGGGCGGAAAUGCCUUUUGAAUGUGAGAAGAGGAUCCUGGACCAGGUGGGCCUUCUGUCUGAUCUAGCAGGCUCUUCUUAUAUUUUUAGGAAGCGACAGAACAUGCCCAGUUCAAAACAAAGAAUUAUGUAUGCAGUUAAACUAACAAAAGGUCCAGAGUCCAGACCAUGGGUAGGCAAACUAAGGCCCGGGGGCUGGAUCCGGCCCAAUUGCCUUCUAAAUCCGGCCCGCAGACAGUCUGGGAAUCAGUGUGUUUUUACACGAGUAGAAUGUGUCCUUUUGUUUAAAAUGCAUCUCUGGGUUAUUUGUGGGGCAUAG